AUGAAAAUUAAUGAAUGUUUGUAGUUCUAAUUGAAGUAAGAGGAAAUUAAUUUGGAUAAGGAGGCCUUCGAGAUUACUUAAAGAAUCAUGGAAAAGGUUCAACAGAGAUCAAAUGCAAAGUCAGGUCAAAAUGAGUUAUCUUCUUAAUAUCUUAGAGCAAGUGAUUACUAAGGGAGACAAUUGUUCCAGAGCAAUGAAAUUGAAAUUAGAAGACAAUCUGAGAAAGUUACUAAAGGGCCAAGUCAAUAAAUGAGACGAAAAGAAGAAGAUUUCUUUCUUAGUUUAAAGUCAGGAAAGACAAGAAGCCUGAAGGAUUGA